GUUUCUGCACGUGCAUGCCGUUGGCAUCAAAAACAUCGUAUCAAAACACAACACGGACUCUGUUUCUCACCUUUCACCAGAGGCUCAGAGCGAUGGAAACGCUGACUAGCGAAACCGUUGACUUUAGAUCGGAGUUUCUCCGUGUUCUUCGUAGUCGAAGAUCACCAGAAGUUCCAUUGGUAGCUGAAUGUUCAAAGCCAGUGGAAGAUCCUGUGUUUCAAAAUGGAGUUCCAUCUACUGAAGCACUAGAGUCUUGUCCAAAGGAAAAUAUUAAUAACUUAAAAGAGAUGAUUAAAGAGGAAAACCUUCAUUUGCACACUGAGGCUGCAGAGCAAGGGAGAUUACCUUUGCUUAUCUUAAGCUUGAAGGAGAAGAAGAGUGAAGAAAGAAGACCAGCUAUUGUGUUUAUGCAUGGCACAAACACAAACAAAGAGUGGUUAAGGCCAUGGCUUGAAGCAUAUGCUUCAAGGGGAUAUGUAGCCAUUGGUUUAGACUCUCGCUACCAUGGAGAAAGAGCUGGCUCCAAAACUGCCUACCAAGAUGCUCUUGUUUCAUCUUGGAAAAAUGGAGACACAAUGCCUUUUAUCUUUGAUACUGUCUGGGAUCUGAUCAAACUAGCUGACUAUCUUACUCAGAGAGAAGAUAUAGACCCAAAAAGGAUAGGAAUCACCGGUAUCUCACUAGGAGGGAUGCAUGCUUGGUUUGCUGCUGCAGCUGACACUCGCUAUUCUGUGAUUGUACCUUUAAUUGGUGUUCAGGGUUUUAGAUGGGCAAUAGAAAAUGAUGAGUGGGAAGCAAGAGUCAACAGUAUAAAGCCUUUAUUUGAAGGUCAAAAGUUUUGAAUAAACACAAAAUAUGAAUCAAGAUUCUAAUUCCUUUACUUUAAUGGAUACAGAAGCAAGGAUUGAUAUGGGAA